GUAUUGACAGACGAGGCAAGUACGAGACUGCAAGAGAAUAUCAUCAAGUGUGCAUCCUAUUUCCUCAAACAGUGACUAUUAUGCAGAUGAAAAUGGCAGCCACAACAUCGGAUAGUCUUGAUGCACAUUCCUCUAUAAAGAACGAUCUCAACUUCUUCAAAGAAUGGUUAGCUACGAUUGACCCUUCAGUGUUUGGUACAAGUACACAAGAACUUCAAGACUCUGAUUCAGCAGAAGAUAAUCAAGUAAAACCGACAAGUAAGAAACAAGAAAGAACCCACACGUUCAACAAGACAUCAUCAAAAAAACAAACAGAACCAGAACAGGAAACUGAAGAAGAGCCUUACAGCAAAAUUAAAGAAAAACAAAAGCACAAAAACUCUAAGAUGGCUAAGCAGAGAAAGCAGAAAACUGAUGCUCGAUUGCUCAACAUCAUCACCCCUCGACAGGAGGACCUGCAGCAGAAACUCCGGGCAAGGAUAGAGGAACUUCAAGGCAAAAGAGGACUUAGUGUUGAUGAGCAGAAAGAAAAAAAGAAAUUAAAAAGAAAAGAAAGUCUCCUCAAACUAAAGCUGAGAAAAAAAUUUGAAAAGCAGAAUAAAAACAAAGGGAACCUAGCUGUUCAGAAGGAAACAGUAGUGAAUGGAGCAGUAGGAAGUCCAAACUCUAAACCAGUGAAACCCAUCUACAAUAAGGAGGGUAAACUGGUGUUCAGUAAAUUUGACUUCACUGAGGCAGGUGGGAAAGAUAGGGGUAAAAGUAAUCUGUCGGGCAAAGACUAUAAAAGACUGCUUGAAAAAUUAGAAAAACGGAAGGAACAUGUAGAAAAAGUGAAAGAAAAAGAUGCAGAAAAAGGAAAACAAGUAGAGACCAAGAUGGCAUGGGAAACAGCCAUACACAGAGCUCAAGGUCAAAAGGUCAAAGAUGAUCCUGCUCUUGUUAAGAAAGCCCUGAAAAAGAAAGAAAAAAUAAAGAAGCAAAAAUCGAAACAGUGGUCUCAGCGAGACUCACAGACAAAAAAGAGGAUGGAAACUAAGAUAGAAAAACGUACAAAGAAUAUUGAGGAGAGAAAACAGCAAAAGAAGGACAAAAAAAAUAAAAGAGCUAAGAAAAAGGGUCGACUUAUAGCAGGAUUCUGAUGUCAUCUGCUUGUUCAGUGAAUUCUAACAGAACAGUUUUUUUUUUUAAUCAUAGGCCUGUUUAAAAAGAACAUUUAGACCAAUAUAGAACAAUGAACUCCAUUGUGUUACUGGGUUCUAGUACAGAGGUGUUGACCUUUCAUUGUUAAUUUAUCUGUCAAAUUUUCAGGUGCUACAUAGCUACAUUUCUCUAGAUGUUUUUAAGAAAUGAAAACAACGUUUUUUAUGAUAUAGUUGAUGACAUUUACCUUAAAUUGUAAAGUGUUGGGGGAAAAAAAUGUGCUGAGAUGAAUAAAUGUAUAAGAAUCAGUUUUUACAUGUACAUGUAAUCUGGUUGUGUUCUGCUUUUACUGUUUGUCUUUAUAAUUGAAAUAUUGGCAGUGAGAACAUUCCUUUUUGUAUUGACCUGUUAAUGAUGCAGAGUAUUAAGUUUAAGGGGAAAAGGUUAUAUGUUUUCUUUGAGAGAUGAAUGGAAAUUGUAUUCUGGCCUGUGUGAUCCGGAAUAUAUGCCAUGGAUGCUUGUCUUCCAUCAUUUAUGAAUGUCAGAUUUACUUUCCCCAAUUCAAGUAUCUCUAAAUCAAGCCAUUCUAAAAUCUACAAGCUUUGACAGGGAAUUGAAGUGACUGGAAAACAUAUUUUCAACUGGAUUAUUUUAGAAUGUUAAUUAAUAUAGGGAUGUUUCGGAGCCCGGGCCUCUGUGAUUUGUUUCUGUUCUGCUGGUACAGUAAAACUGUACAGCUGUGUUGAUGUUGUAAUUACAGCAUGGUUGAUAUCAACACUUUCUGCAUUGUUGUAACUGGUUACAUACGACAAAACGUCUAUAAAUCAAACUUUGAAGAUAUUUUUUCCCUUUUAAUAAAAACAAUAAUAAUCAAUUCAUAAAUGAUUUUUUUCUGUUUAGAAGUAUGAUUAAGGUUUAAUGAUUGAUUGAUAUAGGCCUAGUUUGUUAUCUUAUCCAUUU